AUGGGCAACAUCCUCUUCCUCAUCGGUCUCACUCUCAUCAUCGGCGUUCAAAAGACAAUAGUCUUCUUCACACGGCCUCAAAAACUCAAGGGCACUGCAGCCUUUUGCGCGGGCAUCAUCCUCAUUCUCCUCCGCUGGCCCUUGACGGGAUUUCUCAUCGAAUUGUACGGACUGUUCAUCCUGUUCGGCGACUUCCUCGUGACGAUCGGUCAAUUUGCCGGCAAUAUCCCCAUCAUCGGUCCCUAUAUCCGUCGUGGGUUGGAGGUUUUGGCUGGUGGGCGGAGUAACGCCGAGCUGCCUGUAUGA